AUGACCAUAGAGCGGGCCAAGACCACGCCCUACGAAUUCGCACCUUCGCUUUUAAGAAAAAUCAAGAGAAAGCUUAGUGGAGGCACCACCAUCAGAAGGCCUUGCAUGGAUCUUUGCCCAGUUUGUCUGGCAAAGGAGCGUGUAUUUAGCAAACAAAGAUCGAUGGUGGACAUCCCCCAGUCUACUCGGAGCCAAACCUUUAGCCCUCAAGCUUCCGCACGCAUGUCAUCAACGCCGAAUCUUGGUUCUUCAUCUGCGUUUGAUUCUCAACCAAAGAUUCCACCACAGCCAUUUAAUCUUGCAGAAGGCCCCCCUCCCUUCCCGGUUGUGGAGGCAUUGACUGCCGGUUGGGAUGCAAAGUCACGCCGAGAGGAGAUCAACCCUCGUGGACGUGCUAGGGCCGUCCCCAUGACAGGCUUAUCACCGAUGCCACCUCCACCUCCAGAGAAAGUAGCUCGCAUGCUAGAAUCCGAAGGUGGACCAAUGAGCAAACCUACAGGGCGAUGA